GUUUUUCCCCCGCUGCGUCGUGCCAUGGCGUGAGGUCUUUCGAAGGGGUGCGUGGGGGUUCAUCCGCCAUGGAGGUCGCUCAGCGGUCGGCUUCUCCCCAUGUAAUCUGCGAGGGAGACUGGGCUGUUCUCAAGCGGGACGACGUGUUCAAAGCGGUCGCCGUGGUGAAGCGAAGAAAAAUUAUUUUUGAAAAACAGUGGUUCUGCCUAGAUAAUGCCAUUGGGCAUGUUUAUGGAACAGCAUUUGAAGUGACUAGUGGUGGUAGUCUUCAGCCAAAGAGGUUAGAAGAAAUUAAUCCAGAAACAAAAGAAGCAGGUACAGAUAAUCGUAAUAUAAUUGAUGAUGGAAAAUCUCAAAAACUGACUCAUGAUGAUAUAAAGGCUUUGAAGGAUAAAGGCAUUAAAGGACAGGAAAUAGUUCAACAGUUGAUAGAGAACAGCACCACAUUUAGAGACAAAACAGAAUUUGCUCAAGAUAAAUACAUCAAAAAAAAGAAAAAAAAAUAUGAGGCAGUUAUUACUAUCAUAAAACCAUCUACUCGUAUUCUGUCAACAAUGUACUAUGCAAGAGAACCAGGAAAGAUCAACUAUUUGCGGUAUGAUACUCUAGCCCAGAUGUUAACUUGGGGAAAUGUUCAUGCUGGCAGCAAGAUGAUAGUAAUGGAAACCUGUGCAGGAUUGGUGCUGGGAGCUGUAAUGGAACGAAUGGGAGGUUACGGAUCCAUUGUUCAAAUAUAUCCAGGAGAAGGACCUGUUAGAGCAGCCACAAGUUGUUUUGGAUUUCCUACAUCUUUUUUUAAUACUCUCUCUGAGUUCCCCCUCAGCAAAGUGGGCAGCGUUCUCUCUGGAACAUUUUCUUUAACGUCAUUGCCUUCAGAGUCUGAAGGGAAUACACCAGUGGCAGAUGACAGAAACGGGUCAGGGGAGGACAAGAAACUUUCCAUACCAGGAGUAGAUAUUGAAUGUAGUCUUGAGAUAGCUAUGGAGAGCAGUCAACCUGAAGAUCAAGAAAUAGUGGAAGUUACAUUGGAUGCACUUGACGAUAAAGCCAAGGGAACAACACAUGACAAACAAAAGAAACAAGAGGAAAAGAGGAGAAAGCUGAUAGAAGCUGCUGCUUUAUUGAAAAACAAGGAUGCUGAUGGUUUAAUUGUAGCCAGUCGAUUUCAUCCAACAAGUUUAUUACUCUUGUUGUUAGAGUUGGUAGCUCCUUCAAGGCCUUUUGUUGUCUACUGCCAGUAUAAAGAGCCGCUACUGGAAUGUUAUACAAAACUGAGAGAGAAAGGUGGCGUCGUUAAUCUGAAACUUUCUGAAACAUGGUUACGAAACUAUCAGAUCUUGCCGGAUCGAAGUCAUCCCAAAUUGAUUAUGAGUGGUGGCGGUGGGUAUCUACUGACAGGCAUCACUGUUAGAAAUGAAAGCAUAAAUACCAGUGACUGCUUAGAAGAGCCAUUUUCUAAAAAGCGUAAGCUUCAAGAACACCAUUAAUGCUUCAAAAAAAUCACUGUUGUGUUCUGUUGCUAACUGUAUUUAAAGGCACAGAGGAAUGCACUUUGUUUUCCGUUUGCAGCCAAAAGUUCUUUUUUUUAAAUAAGACUGUCAGAUUCAGCCAGAUGUUGGAAUUUUUUAUUGUCAUUCCAGACUCAGGUAGUUCCCAUAACUAUGGAAUAAAGCUUUAGAGGGAUAAGAUUAAGAAUCAGUCUUCCUGGAGAUGUUGCAAAACUUGACUGAAAGUCCAGCUCUGUUCUGUUCCAGAAUUUUGUUUUGAACUCAAAACCCACGUUCUCACAAAUCCCAUUGCCAUUUCUUUUCGUUACAAAAGUUCUAUCUACUUCCUAUUUCAGUUCUUAAACUUAAAAUCAAGGGUGUUUUUUUUUACUAAGUGAAAUGAAUGUUUCAAAAUGAUGUCGUAUCAUUAUCAAUGAGAAAGACAAGACUGUUGUUAGACUAUUGUAUGUUUUAACAGUUCUGAAUUUCAAAAACAAGCAAACAUCAGGUAUUACUCUGGAAAUGUUAAAGUUCUGCUAGUCUGUUUUCACUUACACUUUUUUUAAAAAAAGAAAAGCUGGUUUCCAUCUUUUUAACAUGUGAUAACUUUAUAUUUUUAUGUGGAGUUUUUAAAUCUGUAAAUCUGCAUUUCAAUAAAUUAAAAGAUUA